GCCCGACACACACAGACUUGCAGUUGCAGAAGCACACAAGUUCUAAGGAUUGCAAAGCGGCACACUUUAGACUAUCAGGAUGGCCGAGUCUUCUUCUUCUACAGGGUCGGCCAGUGCCACUUCGCUCGUGGCCUCGGCGCGCCAAACGUUUGAGGAGCUGCCUCAAUGGGCCAAGUACGCGGUCGGUGCCGCCGCUGCCACUGCAGUGGCUGGUGGUGUUUACUAUGCCGUGACGCGCACGGCCACACACGACGGUUCCCAGGUGGCCGCUGCUGUCCCCCACGACUCCAUGCAACGCCUUGACUCGCCACAGUGCAAUGUGGCCGAGCAUCGGCAAACUUCCGAGCCGGCGCCGGCAGUCAAGCCCGAGGAAGUGGCUCGUCAAUCCCCCGAGGAUAAAGCUGCUGAGGCCCGGCAAGCUGCCCUCGCUGCCAAGAAGGAAGGCAACGCCGCGUACAAGAACAAGAAAUGGAGCGAUGCCGUGUCCGCUUACUCCAAGGGCCUCAAGCUCAUCGCCAGUGAUGACAAGGAAGCUGCCGCCCUUUACUGCAACCGCGCCGCUGCUUACUUGAACUUGAAACAAUACGAGCGCGUCGAGGCCGAUUGCACCCGCGCUCUCAAAAUCGACCCACGCUAUGCCAAAGCUCUAAACCGCCGUGCACAGGCCUACGAGUACAUGGGCAAGCCGCGUGAGGCCAUGUUUGAUUUUUCCGCUCUUCUCUGGAUCGAGCGCUUCAGCAACGAGGCCACUCAACAAGCCAUGGAGCGCGUUCUCAACACGCUGUGCAUGAUGGAGCUGCCGAAGAUUAUGAAGAACCGUCCCAAGCGACUUCCCGCUCGUACCAGCAUCGAGACACACUUUGACUCCUUUGGUCGCCCCCCGCGCGAGUCAGCGACCGUCGAAGAGCUGGAGAAGCUGCUGCAGGAGCAGGACAAGCCAGAUGCAAAGAUUUCGACACGCAUGCGCCUGGCUCACCGCCUCGUCAAGGACAAGAAGUACGAAGAGGCCAUGCGUGCUUACCAGCAAGUUGUCGACACUCUGCGUGACGCAGAGCAAACAGACAUUACUCGACUCAUGUAUACCCUGGCCCUGACGUAUCUCUCGUCUUUCAAGAUGCUGUCCAACUGCAACGACGAGGCCUUGGAGUUGCUGAAUACCGCCCACGAGAUCACAUCCAACAACGUGUUUGUUCUGAUCCGUCGUGCCACCGUGCUUUUGGAGAAGGGUCGCGCCCCCGAAGCCAUCGCCGAUGCUGAGAAGGCUGUUGCCACUGGCAAUCCCUUUGCUUUCAUUUGCCGCGGCCAGGUUCACGCACAAACAGGCCGCCAAGCUGAAGCCUUUGCCGACUUUGAAAAGGCCAUUGCGAUGGAGAAGAACACCUCGUACAUCCCCUACAUUCACGUCGUGCUCAAGGCAUUGCAGACUGACCCAGCCGCGGCGGGUCAGCUUUUGGACAGCGCCCUGGAAAAGUUCUCCGAUGUAGCAAUCAUGCACCAGUUCAAGGGCGAGGUGUUGAUGAACCUUGGCCAGCUCGCGGCUGCUGAGCAAGCAUUUGACCAGGCCCUCACCGUGGAUCCGGAUAGCCCUAAUGCCAUUGUCAACAAGGGCAUGGUGCUGAUUCAGCAGGGCAAAUUGCGCGAGGGGCAGGAGCUGAUUGAACAGGCGCUCAAGAUCGAUCCCCUUUGCGAGGCGGCAUAUGCUCGCUUGGCUGAGCUCGAGAUGCAGAAGCAAAACGGCAAGAAAGCUGUCGAGUACUACCAGAAGGCAAUCGAUUGCGCUUCGGUGCCCGGCGAGAUUCAGCAACUGCUGCAGCACCGAGAGGCCGCCUACGCUCAGGACUACGUUGUCACCACGUAUCCUGAGUUGAUGAUGAACAUGAGCGAUGAGGCACUCCGCUCUGGCUUGUAGGCUGCUUAUCAAUGGUUGUCAUCUUGUUUCGCCGUCUGAAGCCAUGCUGAAGUCCUUCUGGGGGGCCCAAAUUGAGGCUCGCGGUGCAACAUUCAAUCGCCACACGUUCAAUUGCAAUCAAAAUGGUC